CUCUAAUCAUACCAAAAAUCAUACCAAAAAUCAUACCAAAAAUCAUAAUAAUAUUCAAACCAUGCCUCUUUUCCAACGUCGCGCAUAUGUUCCAACACAGAUCUAUCAUAGACCAUCACCGAUGGCACGAUUGAAGAAUAUGUUUGCACCCCGGCGCUACCGUGGCCAUCGUCAUCAUUAUGGCCCAAGCACUGUCCCUGCUGCUGCUCCUAUUGCAGGCACAGCAGGCGUACGGACUCAACGCGCUGCUCGGAAGACCAGACGCACUCUCCAUGGUCUUUUUACUCCUCGCUCACGCCCACGCCACCACCAACCAGCUGUUGUGAAUCCAGUUCGUCGAAGUCGAAACCCAUUUUCGCGCAGAACUGCAGCCGUUGCUGCUCCAGCAGCUGGGGCUCCUAUGGCAAGCGGUGCUUACCCAUACAGGAGAAGUCUCAUGACUUCCCUCAGGGCCAUGUUCUCACCGAAAAGACACCGCCACCAUCCUAAGCAUGCACCUGUUGCUGCCACUACAGGUCAUACUCAUGGUCUUCGCUUGUAGAUAAAGAGCUCACCUUAGCAAACUCCUUCAUCCCCCUUAUAAUUUGUACUACUUUUUAGUUUAAUAAUACAGCACGCCUCUUAAAGCGAUACGAAU